AUGGCGGACAACCACAGCUUCUGCAGGUCCUGCCUGGAGCAGAGCUGGGAGGAGAAGGGCUCUCGAGAAUGCCCCGUCUGCAAGAGGAAAUCCUCCAUGGUCAACCCUCCCCUGAGCCUGGCCCUGAAGAACCUCUGCGACACCAUCCGAAAGGAGAGAGGCCCGGGAGGCGUCGGGGGGUUCGGAACGCUUUGCAGGUUGCAUGGGCAGGAGCUGAAGUUGUUCUGCCUGAGCGAUAAAGUACCCGUGUUGCCCUCUGACAUCUCCACUCCUUUGGUGGAUGUGGCCAGGCAUGUUGGAUCCCUCAAGUACAGAGUCUGGGAGAAGAUGCAGGAGAUUGUGCCACGUUGCCCUGUGACUCUGGACCCUAACACUGCACACCCAAACCAGAGCCUGUCCGAGCAGCUGACCAGCCUAACAUGCAGUGUUGAAAAGAGCUUUUUUCCUAACAACCCAGAGAGAUUUGAUGUGUCUAAUUAUGUGCUGGGAUCUGAGGGAUUCUCCUCUGGGAAACACUGGUGGGAUGUGGAUGUCGGGGACAAUCCACACUGGGUUCUGGGUGUGGCCAGAGCGUCCAUCAACCGGAAAGGACCAAUCAGUGUAUGCCCUGGACAGAAACUCUGUGCAAUAUGGUUUUACAAUGGAGAGUACCAAGCUAUGACCUCGCCCCUCAAACGGCUUCGUUUGCAGAGGAGACCCCAGAGGAUAAGGGUGCAGAUGGAUUGGGACAAGGGAACCGUGUCAUUUUAUGACCCAGUUGACAAGACUCAGAUCUACUGCUUUAGAGACAAGUUCACCGAAACCAUGUUCCCUCUCUUUUCAAACAGCAUUUCGGAUCGUCACCACUAG